AAAUUAAACAAUCCAUACAAAGGCAUGCAAAUACACGACACUUGGACCAUUGGUUGUGUUGCGUUUUUGCAAAGCAUAAAGACAGCUUUGCACUCGUUCUUAUCCGGUGUACUCCCAUCUUUGCAAAAAGUCCUUAGACAGUGGGUCAUUAUUUCGGUUUGUUCGAAAUCUUGGUAUUUUGUACGUUUCCUAGAGGUUUCACAAGUUCAGAUUUCACCAGACUAUUAUUGUCGAACUCUGAAGAUAAAAGAUGUCAUCUGUUCCUGUAUUAUAUCAUGCCGAAAGUUCAUUCUAUUCGCAAAGGGCUCGCCUUUCUUUCGCAGAAAAGGGCAUCAGAUACAAGAGUCGUCUGAUCAACUUGAUUUCUGGAGAAGUUCACGAAGAGUGGUUUCUGAGAAAGAUCAAUCCUAAAGGCCAAGUCCCAGCUAUGGAACAUCUUGGUCAAUUCUAUACAGAUUCCCGUGACAUCAUAGAAUAUGUUGAUACCCUGCCAUCUGACCGACCAAAACUCUGCCCCGAUGGUACCACAGAGUAUGCCAGAAAGGUCAAGUACUACCGCGAUAAAAUAGAAUCAAUCAAUAUACCUGCAGUCUCGUUUGGAUCUUUGUAUCAUCGCCAUCUGACUGUGAAUGCCAAUGUACCAAGCUUCUUCAGCAAGGAGCAAGUUAAAGAGAAGCUUGCUGCUUCGGAAAAACAUGUGGCCUCUGUACAGGAGAAUUGUCCAGAUUUGAAAGUUUUCCUCAACCGGCGGAAAGAAAUGAGCGAAAUGAUGGGUGUAAUCCAGGACGAGGAAAAGGUUAUAGCCGUCUUAAACGACGCCGACAGAACCCUCGGCGAGAUUGAAGAAGAACUGCAGAAACAAAAAGGGCAGUUCGGUGAUGCUGAGUACUGGUUGUGUGGAAAGACCUUCACCAUUGCUGAUAUUUUCCUUUCUUGUGUAUUGCAUCGUCUCAUCUUUGUGGGACAGGCUCAUCGAUUAUUCCUUUCAAAGCGCCCUCUUGUGACAGACUACUAUAACCGUGUACUCGUUCGUAAAUCCUUCCGUAAAGAAUGCGUGUACGCAAACAGUAAGUUUUGGGGCGUGUUUGUCCCGAUGAUGCGUGCAACCAUGAACAAGGCACGUCCAUUUAUUUCCGCUCUUUCCGCAGUUUCCAUUGGUGUGUAUGUGUAUUACAGAAGGAAUGAAAUCGUAGAUUUAGGAAAUCUGUUGUAUGAAAGGCUCCGACUUUAUUUGUAGUAGUUGACAAAAAUACACACAUCCCCGUAAAAAAAAUCCAUUCAUUUCCUCAGUAUUUACGGGGUGGAAUGUGCUGACUCCGAAAUCGUGAAAAAUACAAUGAAAUAUAUGGCAGUUCGUGUAUUAAUGUAAAGUAACUAU